GUACUAAAUAUACGCAAAAAAGGAGAAAAAUAAAAUUUAUCAGCGAAGAAUGAGAAACAAGUUGAAAAUAGCCUUGUUUUUCUUCGUCCUGCUUUUUGUUCGCUACUUCAGCGCCAUUGUCGUCAUAUUGGGUGAUGAUUUUUAUAACGAUUCCAGAGAGUGGAACUAUGCAAAAUUUGGUCCAGAUCGGUCAAAGGAUUCAAGAGUUAAUAGGAAACAUACAGACAAAUGUUAUAUAUAUAUAUAUAUAUAUAUAAAUACGCGUACAACGAUUGCGGCAUACAGACGCGCUUGAUGCGCUCGUUAUACCAAUGCAACACGUGCGGCAAGAUGUACAAAUGGCGAGAGUCGUUGAGUCUGCACAAACGGAUGGAAUGCGGUAUCGAGCCACGCUUCGCUUGCAACGUCUGCGGCAGAAAGUUCAAACACAAGCACCACCUCAUGAAACACUACAAGUCGAUCCACGGCAGGGUAGUUGCGAGUGUGACGAGCAGGAAAAUGACCAUAGGCUGCUUUCCGUGCAGGAAGUGCGGGAAAAUCUACGAUCUAAAGUCGUCUAUGUACACUCACGUGCGAUGUUGCGGCAAGGAGCCAAGGUUUACGUGCCAUUUUUGCUCCAGGAAGUUCAAGUACAAGCAUCAUCUUCAGAAUCAUAUUAUAGCACUUCAUAGAAAUGUUAUGGUAUAACGCGCGAGAUGAAUCUUUUUUUCAAAAUCUUCCUACUUUCUAAUAGAACGCGCGAUAAAGUGAACCGAAAAUUGCACAGAAGAAAAGAUCAGUUGAAUAAAGGGAAUCAAAUCUAAAUUCAGGGAUUAACCAGAUUGUUCAGUAAGAAAUGAACUGACCAUAUUUGAAAUUUAAAAUAAACGAUUAUUUUGCUUGAAAUUAACUAUCUAAAAAUCGAUUCAGUGGCAUAUCACAUUGUAUUUGAAAAAUUCGAUUCUAAUUUUUGAAUUGUGAAUCAUCUGUCUAGACGCUAUGCCACUUCUUCAAUUGAUAGAUCUGUCGUAUUAUUGCCAAACUAUGUUGUAACCAACGUUGAAUAUCAGAUGUCAUAUCACGUUAAUCCAACCGUGCUUUUUCUCGCGUGUAGUCGUAAUAACCAGACACUUGGAUGUUAUUACUACACACGCAGUAAUUUAAGCUAAAUGUUCCGAUCGCAUACCAGAAUAUCUGGUUGUAACAACUGGUUUGUAACAAUCGGUAAGUGUGUUUAUCUUCGUGAAAACUUGCUCAACCAAAGAUGUCAUAUUAAUUCAACCAGGCACUUUUUUCUUGUGUGAGAUUAGCCUGAUGUGUUUUCAUGGAAGUUCUCUAAUAAAGCAAUGAAACUGUAACCACGUCUUUUUCAUUGUUCUCACGUCUUGUUUACUGUUUUCAUUGUUUCAUUAUUCGUGGUCUCAGAGGUAAAUAUGCGUGCGUGAAAGCAGUUCAGCUCAAAACUGAACGUGAAAUAUCCCGCGAAUGAGCUCAUCGCUAAUUGGUGUAAAUAAGUUGAGUAUAUGUGCAAACCUAAAUUCCACAAUUAUUGACUGGCUGUUGACUCUACUCGCAAUGCACCCAUUAAGAUCAACGAGAUUAUUACAACGGCACAAAUCGACGAUGCGUUUUGUGUGCACAGCGUAUGCGCGCGUCUGGUGCGACGCGUGUGUUGUGUGUAUGUGUGUAUUGUGCACUCCACGGACUCUUCGAACUCACCCUCCUAUUCGGUAUUAACGUUUACGCAAUUAACGAGAUCCUAAGAACUUCGGGCGCGAUAUCGCCCGUCUCGCCGUUUCGAGCGCGGGCGCGAGAAGAGAUUUCGCGCGUCUACACGCACGCAUCACUCAUAAUCUGUC